AACGAGGGCUUAAAAAUUCUUCGUUUAUUGAUAUUCUUUCUGACAAGAUGUUCUCACGGCAGUGAAGUCUGCCAUCUUUGGAUUCAUGCAGUCGGUGUCAAAAUAAUUGCCCUUUAUUGCCUUGCUGAGCUGCUGUAGUGCAUUUCCUGCUAGAAAAUCUCUCUGUAUUUGUGUUGCUGGGGCUCUGCUGAUAUGCAUAACACCAGUCCUGAAGGGCAGUACCGUGCCAACGGUGCCCACAACCCAGAAUGUGUGGCCAUCUUGGAUGCAGGGGCCCAGUAUGGCAAAGUGAUAGAUCGCAAAGUACGGGAGUUAUGUGUGGAAAGUGAAAUCCUGCCUCUUGAUACACCUGCUUUCACUUUGAAAGAAAAGGGUUACAAAGGAGUUAUAAUCUCCGGAGGACCUAACUCUGUUUAUGCUGAAGAUGCUCCUAGAUAUGAUGCAGAUAUAUUCCGGAUAGGUAUUCCUGUAUUAGGUAUUUGCUAUGGCAUGCAGAUGAUGAAUAAAGAAUUUGGUGGGCAAGUUAUAAGGAAAGAUGGACGUGAAGAUGGUCAGUUCAACAUUGAAGUUGAUAGCAGAUGUCUCUUGUUCAAGGGCUUGGAGAAAGUGCAGAAAGUACUACUUACCCAUGGAGAUAGUAUUGAAAAAGUAGCGGAUAACUUCCGGACAGUAGCUGCUUCUAGCGCAUUUCCAGCAGCAAUUGCUAAUGAUAAGAUGCGUCUGUAUGGUGUUCAAUUUCAUCCUGAAGUGGAUCUUACUGUCAAUGGGAAAGCUAUUCUUCGGAAUUUCCUCUUUGACAUCGCAGGCUGCACUGGGAAUUACACUUUACAAGGCAGAGAGCUGGAGUGCAUAAAGUACAUCAAAGAAACUGUGGGAAACAGUAAGGUUUUGCUUCUAGUAAGUGGUGGUGUAGACUCAACUGUGUGUGCUGCCCUUCUUCACAAAGCACUUCACCAAGAACAGGUGAUCGCUGUGCACAUUGACAAUGGCUUCAUGCGGAAAGGCGAGAGCCAGCGGGUGUGGGAGUCUCUGGAAAAGCUUGGGCUGCAAUUAAAGGUUGUGAAUGCGAGCCACGCUUUUCUACAUGGCACUACUACGUUCCCAAUGGAUAAACGUGAACAGUCCAAUAGGACGCGUAUUACCAAAAUGUUAUGUAUGACAGCUAAUCCAGAAGAAAAACGUAAAAUCAUAGGUGAUGUUUUUGUGAAGGUGGCAAAUGACGUGAUCUCCGAGCUGAAUCUGAAGCCAGAGGAGGUGUUCCUUGGGCAAGGCACACUGCGCCCAGAUCUCAUUGAAUCAGCUUCUCGCCUUGUUAGCACCAAAGCAGAUGUGAUUAAGACCCACCACAAUGACAGUGAAUUAGUGCGACAACUUCGUGAUGAGGGACGUGUUGUGGAACCUCUGAAAGACUUCCACAAAGAUGAGGUACGGCAGCUUGGCAGAGAAUUAGGAUUACCUCCUGAUCUUGUGAUGAGACAUCCUUUUCCUGGACCUGGACUAGCUAUUAGAAUCCUGUGUGCUGAGGAGCCAUUUAUGGAACGUGAUUUCUCAGAAACACAAGUUCUGGUGAAAAUUAUGGCAGAAUACGAGCAAAUGCUUCAGAAGAAACAUGCUCUUUUGAAUAGAGUAGAAAGUGUGACAAGUGAUGAAGAAAGGCUAGAACUACGUAAAGUUUCCAGUAAGCAACACCUUGCAGCAACUUUGUUGCCUAUCCGCAGUGUAGGUGUACAGGGUGACUGUCGCACGUAUAGCUAUGUGGUGGGCCUAUCAAGUGAAAAGGACCCUGACUGGGGAGACUUGAUGUUUCUGGCUCGUCUCAUCCCACGUGUAUGUCACAAUGUGAACAGGGUGUGUUUUAUUGCUGGAGGAUUAGUGCGAGAACCUGUCCUAGACAUCACACCGACAUUUUUGACAUCAAAUGUGCUCAGUACACUUCGCCAAGUUGACCAUGUGGCUACCCAGAGAGUUCUUUUGGAUUUACUUUUAAAACAGGUGCUGACAGCUUCGGGGUAUUCCAGUGCCAUAAGUCAGAUGCCUGUUGUGCUGAUACCUAUUCACUUUGACCGUGACCAAGUCUCUAGGAUCCCUUCUUGUCAGCGGUCUGUAGUUCUCAGGCCUUUCAUCACUCAUGACUUCAUGACUGGCGUGCCUGCAGUUCCUGGCAGAGACAUCCCUGUUGAUGGUAUAGAAGGUUUUGAUUCACUACUGAAACUGCCUUCCGAGAGCAAAAUGGAUGAUGAACAUCUUUAG